UGGGGAAUGCAGCCAUUAUUGAAUUCAAAUUUGGAUACCAGACAUCUUGAGAUUAUAAAUGGUGAUAUCCUAGAUGAUAUAACUUUGGAAUCUGUUGUGAAAAGUUCCAAUGCUGUUAUCCAUCUUGCUGGUAUUGUGAGUGCUCCUGCAUUUAAUAGGUAUCCAGAAAUCGCUAAAGAAGUGAAUGAAAGAGGGACAAAAAUACUUGUAGAUUCACUGAAACCAGAUCAACCUAUCAUUUUUGCAUCGGUAGAAAAUGUAUACGGUCGCUCUGCUCUGAAUUUGAAAGGACCGUGCACAGAAGAUGAAGAAUGUGAUCCACUUUCCCCCUUCGCUGCAACAUUUGUUGAAAGUGAAAAACUAGUUCUAAAAUCAAAUGGAGUGGUUUUGCGAAUUCCAAGUGCUUUUGGAAUAUCGCCAAGAAUGAGACUAGAUCUUCUUGUCAACAACCUAGUAUUUCAAGCAUGUACUAAAGGCCAUAUUGACUUGUAUCAGGCUGAUUUCAAAAGGAAUUUCAUUCAUGUUCAAGACUUGGCUAAAUGUCAUUUAUUCACUCUAAAUAAUAUUGACAAAAUGCGAGGCAAGGCUUAUAAUGUUGGACACGAGUCUCUCGGCUAUUCGAAGAGACAGAUUUGUGAGAUAAUUAAAGAUCAGUUACCGAAUAUCAGAAUUUCUGAACCAAAAGAUGAGGCUUAUAAAGACGCUGACAAUCGUAACUUUGAAACUUCGUUUGAGCGCAUAAAAGACGUGGGGUUUACUGUUACAAAAUCGAUACACGAUGGAGUAACAGAACUUUUGAAAAUUGUUCCACAUUUGUCAGAAGCUGAAAUAAAAAAAUGCCAAGCUUUAUAAUGAUCCAGAAAGUUGGAUUCGUGAUAUAUUUAAGUUUGCAAAAUAAGCCACAUCAGUAUUCUGAAAGUACUAGUAUUUCAACACAGUGUUACUUUUGUGUGUGCUUGUUUUUUGUGGUUGGCUCGUUUGCAUAUUGUAAUGAGUAUUGAUUAUCAUUUGACUAAUUAUAAUUUUAGAUCAUAUUUCAA